AUGGCUGUCAACUCCUUCGAAGGGCCUGGCGAACCCGUUCAGCUCCCUUCUUCUCCCUCUAGUGCCCACAAAGAAGAUGAAGCUUCAAACUUAUUGGACGACCCAUCAAUGCCCAUUGCCAUUAUUGGCAUGGGAUUCCGAGGGCCCGCAGAUGCCAGUAGUGUUGAAAGGCUGUGGAAAAUGAUCCUUGGAGGUCGAGAAGCAUGGAAUCAGAUACCCGAGUCGAGAUGGAACAGUCAUGCGUUUUACCACCCAGACCAUGCGAGGCACGGCACUAUCAAUGUUCAAGGCGGCCAUUUUUUGACGGAAGAUGUAUCUCUUUUCGAUGCGCCCUUUUUCAACAUGACCAGUGACGAGGCAGCGGCGAUGGAUCCCCAGCAGCGGUUAUUGCUCGAAGUGACCUACGAAGGACUAGAGAACGCCGGUAUACCUCUUCCCAAAAUCAUGGGAAGCCAAACAUCCUGUUUCGUUGGGUCUUUCAAUGCGGAUUACACAGAUCUCCUUCUCCGCGACCCUGAUGCUAUCCCCAUGUAUCAAUGCACCAAUGCCGGCCAGUCGCGAGCCAUGAUGGCUAAUCGAGUGUCAUACUUCUUCGACCUAAAGGGCCCUAGCGUUACAGUCGAUACCGCUUGCUCGGGAAGUCUAGUUGCACUGCAUUUGGCGUGUCAGACGUUGCGCACCGGCGAUGCUGCGAUGGCAAUCGCGGCGGGGGUAAAUGUGAUUCUUAGCCACGAAUUCAUGUCCACAAUGACCAUGAUGAAGUUCUUAUCACCGGAAGGACGCUGCUACACAUUUGACGAGAAAGCCAACGGAUAUGCUCGUGGCGAAGGGAUUGGAUGUUUGAUCUUGAAGCCGCUCACAGACGCCAUCAGAGACAAAGACCCUAUCCGAGCUGUAAUUAGGGGUUCUGGGUCGAAUCAAGAUGGCAGAACUCCCGGCAUCACUCUCCCGAGUGGAGCGUCACAGGAGGCCUUGAUUCGCCAUGUUUACAGCAUGGCAGGUCUUCAUCCACAUGACACAGAAUUCGUCGAAACACAUGGCACAGGAACUCAAGCAGGAGAUCCAAUUGAGACAGGAGCACUCGCGAAAGUGUUUUGUGCCGAUAGAAACCCAGACAAGCCACUGCGCAUCGGGUCAAUCAAAACAAACGUGGGGCAUCUGGAGGGAACAAGCGGAGUCGCCGGCGUGAUCAAGGCAGUGUUGAUGCUCGAGAACCGCACUUUUCUCCCCAACCGCAACUUCACUUCCCUCAACCCGCGCAUCCUGCUAGACGAAUGGAAGCUCAAGGCAUGGCCUCAUCGCGUGUCGGUAAACAGCUUCGGAUACGGGGGAAGCAACGCACAUGUUAUCCUGGAAGACACGUAUGGAUACCUCCAAUCGCACGGGUUCCAAGCACUUGUUGGCAAACCACGUACACCUUUCCUGAGGAAGCCUCUUGAGUCAUCGCAAGCUCCCAACGGCCGCCACCAAUCGCCCAUACGUACGCGCCUCUUUAUGCUCUCCGGUUUCGACGACCGUUCUAUUGCAAAGCAAAUAGAAAACAUGAAAGCCUAUCUCAUCGAAAGGCAAUCGAUAGCUGAUGAUGAGUUCAUGAGUAAUUUGGCGUUCACGUUGAAUCAACGGCGUACUGCCAUGAUGUGUCGAGCAGCGGCUACUGGCCACUCAGCUGCCAACGUGAUUAAAGCUUUUGAAGGCAGUAUCAAAGUCAGAAAGGCUACGAGAAAGCCAGUGGUUGGUUUCGUUUUCACCGGCCAAGGAGCGCAAUGGUGUGGGAUGGGACGGGAGCUGGUGGGAGCGUAUCCCGUUUUUCGCCAGUCAAUGGAACGAAUUGAUGCACACUUGAGUCGUCUUGGAGCUCAAUUUUACGCCCUAGGUGAAAUACUCGAGAACCAAUACGCAUCGCGGCUCAACCAUCCUCUUCACAGUCAAACGAUCUGCACAGCACUCCAAAUUGCACUUGUCGAUCUUCUAAGUUCAUGGAGCAUACAUCCAGAUUCGGUUACUGGCCACUCCAGUGGCGAAAUAGCCGCAGCGUACGCCAUCGGAGCGUUAAGCAUGGAGGAUGCUAUAUCAGUUGCAUACUAUAGGGGCGUUGCGGCGAGCAAGUUAUCACAAAACGAAGAAGUGAAAGGAGGGAUGCUCGCUGUCGGGAUGUCGUCCGCCCAGAUCGAACCGUUCCUGAACGCCUUGAAAAAUGGGAAAGCCGUCGUGGCAUGCAUUAACAGUCCAUCCAGCGUUACUGUCUCGGGAGACAUUGAAGCAAUUGAAGAGCUUGAGAAGGUAUUAAAGGAGAAAGAACUCUUCUGCCGACGUCUGGCAGUUGAUGUUGCAUAUCAUUCCCACCACAUGGAACUAGUCGGUGGUGAAUAUCUGGACCUGAUAUCGAACAUUCGACCACGAAUUGGAAGAAAAUCCGGAAAGCAUCCCGUCUCUUUCUUCUCGUCGGUGAUAGGAGCUGAGGUCAAAGCCUCCGAUCUUGGCCCUCAAUAUUGGACUAGAAAUCUUCUCGGCCAGGUCAAGUUCGUUGACUCCGUCAGAGCACUUUGCUUUGAAACCAGUACUCAGAAAUCGAUGUUUGCGGCCCCUAAUAACAGACGUACCAGACGACCAAACGGUACACGCAAGGUCAAUGUCGAUGUAUUGCUGGAAGUUGGCCCUCACGCAGCAUUAUCAGGCCCGAUUCGCCAAAUCCUGAAAGAUGACAACAAACUGGAUGCGGCCGGGAUUCAAUAUGCGAGCGUUUUGACUCGAAAAAUCGAUUCCGUCACGACAGCAUUAGAGGUUGCUGGAACCUUGGCCUGCCUGGGUUCUCAGGUCAACUUUCCAGCAAUAAACGACCCAUUGAAUGAGACAAGAGAUACACAUGUCAUGGUUGAUCUUCCUUCCUAUGCAUGGAAUCACAGUAGAUCAUACUGGGCUGAGUCACGCAUCAGCAUGACUUACAGAAAGCGCAAGCAACCCCGAACAGAUCUCCUGGGUGCUCUCGACAGAAUGUCAUGUCCGUUCGAACCUCGUUGGAGAAACUUUGUGCGUGUAUCGGAGAUCCCUUGGCUCAAAGACCAUAAAAUUCAGUCGAACAUAGUUUACCCUGCAGCGGGCUACAUUGCAAUGGCCAUAGAAGCUGCAUAUCAACACCUGUCGGAGCGGGAGGACAACAAGGUCAUGUCAGCAUUUAUUCUCCGUGAUAUUGAGAUAAAAGCCGCUUUGGUCAUCCAGGAGCACCCUGCCGCUGAAGUCAUGACCUCGCUACGAGCGUGUCAGGGUGGUAUCAAAGACUCCGAGCACCUCUACGAAUUCAACAUCUACUCAGUAACCGCUGAAAAUCGAUGGACCGAGCAUUGCCGUGGUCUAGUUGGCGCCUAUGACAUGACCAUGGACACCGAGUAUGGGACUGGCUCCCAGACUCCGGUAAAAGCUUCCGACCUCAGCGUCAUAGACAUCCCGACGUUCUACGAAAAGCUAGCUAGCAUUGGCCUCGAAUAUGGUCCUUGCUUUGCGAAUCUGACUCACGCUCAUCGUGCCGACAACUUUUGUUUCGCUGAAGUUACUAUCCCUGACACAGCGGCUGUCAUGCCAAUGAAUUUCCAGUACCCAUACUUGAUCCACCCAUGCACCCUGGACAGCAUAUUUCAUUCAGUAUUUGUUCAAACGAAUUUUGGAGACGAUCCCGCAAUUCCGGUUCAUAUAGACCAGCUUUGUGUGUCUCGGUGUACAGAGCGUUCACCGGGCAAUAAAAUGCAUAUUGAGACGCAGAUUGACAAGCGGACGAGAAAGGGUAUUGUAGCCUCAAUUACGGUGACAAACAGCAAUGAUACUAUUGCUAUGUCGGUUAAGGGAUUGCGAUGCAAGACCCUCGAGAACAGCGCCCCCAAGGAUACGGUGAACCCGACUGAUCGCGUUGGGUACAUGCUUACUUGGAAAGCAGAUCCGGAUCUACUUUCAAGGCAAGACUUUAGCACUAUUUUCACUGAGAAGAACAAUUACGACAAGGAAGAAUCCGCAAAGAGAACUUCGUUAGAAAGUUGCGCGUCCUACUACAUCCGGAAAGCCAUCCAAGAUCUUGAAUCCGUGGACAAAGAAGGAUUGCAUCCAGACAGAAGACAACAGCUCGAAUUUUUUGUCCAUAGAAUGCAAGAAAGUCGCUUGGCCCCUUCAUCAGACACAAAUAGCGCCGAUAUCCAUGCAGUGAGUUCUUCCGGACCGGAAGGAAGACUCCUCACUGCAACGGGCGAGCAACUCAGUACAGUCUUGAGAGAUCCAAAAUUUUCACCCAUUGAGACUUAUCCUUCAGUAUGGGCACAAUACUGGGACGCUAUCCGCUCAACCCCGGUGUACGACAAAUUAGCUAGCUAUCUCGAGCUAGUCGGCUAUAAGAACCCAAUGAUCUCGAUCCUUGAGGUGGAGGGUACAUUUGGACAAUCUUCACAGACUCAUCUCGAGAGGCUCUUGAAUAAUAGUGGGCAAGGUCCAAUAUGCGGUGAAUACACAAUCACUCAUCAAGCCCCAUCGAUCCCUGAACACUUCGCCCCAGUGCUUUCCAAAUUGAGCCAAUGGCUAAAAGUGAAGAAAUUGGAUCUCAACCAGAGUCCGGAGACACAAGACUUUUCUACACAUCAAUAUGACGUCGUCCUCGUGCCCUUUGGGCUUUAUACGGUCCGAUCGAAGUUGCAAGCUCUCAGGAAUAUCCACAAGCUUCUGAAGCCGCAAGGGCAUUUGAUUAUUGUGGAUCCCUUCGCUGAUCAUGACGAUUUAGUCAACCCUGUUAUCUUUGCCAAUUCUCCGGGAUGCUGGUCAGAAGGCCGAUUUGGGUAUAUGCGUGAAGACUGGAAUGUCGCUCUCUCGGCGGCUGCAUUUUCCGAAACAAGAGACGCAGGCACCUCAGGAAGAGGGCCAUCCUGGAUUAUCUCACGUCCAUUGCAUAAGCAGUCAAUGUCCCAACGAAGUAUUCUAAUCAUAUCUGAAGAUGGUGACAAUGGUGUGAGCCUGUCAGCUCUGCGAGACUGUCUCAGCCUUAUUUCGUCCAACAUCGAAAUCGCGGAUUUCACGCAUGCCAAGCCAGAAGGAAGAGUGUGCAUCAUUUUCAGUGGCCUUAGUCGGCCUCUGAUGACAGACCCUACUUCAGAGGAACUGGAAGUACUGAAGCAAAUCUUCUCGAAGGCAACGGGCGUCCUGUGGGUAACUCGAGGAGCAGCGAUUUGCCCAGUGGCACCGGACAAUGCGCUGGCGACUGGAUUCAUGAGAACCGCGCGCUCUGAAUCAGGAAUUGAAAGAAUCGUUACAUUGGACCUGGACGGACAGAAUCCGCUCCCAGGUCAUCGCGCCGCUGAGGUUAUAUGCACAGUUGUGCGCGAGCGAAUUCUGGCAGAGGGGAACGACCAAAGUGAUACAGAGUACGCCGAGCGAAACAACGUGCUCCUCAUUCCUCGAAUUGUUGAAAACCAUGCCUUUAACAGUUCCCUUGCGUUGUCGCAUGAGACACAGUCAACGAGCCUUGAGAAGUUCCAUCAGAAGGAUAGAUUCCUUAAAGCGACGAUUCCCGAUGCCUAUCAGGCAGAUGAAGUACUCUUUGUGGACGAUUCCAGGAAGAAUGACCUACCAGCGGACCAUAUUCGUGUUCAAAUUUAUGCAGCAUGCAUAGAUAAACAAGCCGUAAACGCUCUGGAAGAGCAGGAUACGUCUCAAGAAUCAGCAAUGAGCUUCGGAGCCAGCGGGAUUGUUCAAAGCGUCGGAGAAGCUGUCCAGGAUUUCGCCCCGGGUGACCGAGUGGCUUGCCUUGCGCAAGGAGCAGUAGCCAAUUACCAGCAGGAACAGGCGUUGGCGUUCCAAAAAUUGCCGUCGGAUUUAUCUUUUGAAGCAGCAGCAGCCUUGCCUGCGGCUUAUUGCACAGCACUAUAUGCUCUUCAAAACCUUGGGCGGGUUGUCUCCGCAGAAAGGGUCCUAGUAUACGGAGCUAUAGGAACAGUUGGGCAGGCUCUAGCAGAAUUAUGUCUGCAUAGUGGUGCUGACGUGCUCUUCGUCGUCCGAGCUGAGAAAGAAAAGCAUUCCCUUGUCAGCACAGUUGCAGUACCUGAUGACCGAAUCAUCGUCGACGAAAAUGGAGCUCAUGUCAGAAGGCUUCUGAGGAUUAAGCCGCAUCAAGCUUUUGACGUGAUAAUCAAUUUCGAAGGUUCCGACAACGAGACGCUACAGAUGCUAUGCAGGUUGGUCGGUGCAUGCGGCAAAUUCAUACACCUUUACCGCGAGCGCUGGAAUCAGCGAACAUGGACGAUUCCACAGCUGGAGAAUGAUAUCACGUUCGCAACACUGGACAUCAAUAAGCUCUUGAGAGACAAGCCAACAUUGCUGUAUAAAACAUGGGGUGAGGUAAUGCGCAUGUUCCGUGCUGGACACAUCCGUGGCCCCAAUGCCUGGGCACUGUACAGCGUCUCAGAUAUGCUGGGGGCAUUGAACGCGUUGGAAUCGGAAGAUAUGGAUUCGGCAGUAAUCGCCGCUCAACCAGAGGACGUUGUGAAGGUCAUCACUCGGAAGCCGCACACUGCCGUACUUCAUCCAGAAGUGUCUUAUAUUCUCGUUGGUGGCUUAGGGGGUAUCGGACGAGCCACGGCCCUCUGGAUGGCUGAUAACGGGGCUCGAUCGUUGAUCUUCGUCAAUAGAAGUGGGCUGUCCAGCGUCGCAGCACAGGAAACAGCACAAGAUCUGGAAAAAAAGGGAGUCCACGUCAUUGUUUACGCUUGCGAUAUAUCUGAUAGCAAACAAGUCGAGAAUAUGGCGCGUGAACUUGCGCGUGAUGCCCCUCCAAUUCGAGGAGUUAUUCAGGCCGCCAUGGUCCUCCGGGAUAUCCAUAUCGAGAAAAUGACCAUCGAUGAUUACCUCUCCGUGCUACAACCAAAGUACGCAGGAACCUGGAAUCUGCACCGCCAUCUCCCAGACAACCUCGACUUCUUCGUCAUGCUCUCCUCAAUCAGCGGAAUCAUCGGAAACGCCACCCAAGCCGCCUACGCCGCCGGCUCGACCUUCCUGGACGCAUUCGCUGCAUACCGCAACUCCCUCGGUCUCCCAGCCGUCUCCCUAGACCUAGGCGUGAUAACCGACGUAGGGUAUCUGGCCGGCAACCGCGACCUAGCAGCCAAGAUGGCCCAGCAAGGGUUUCACGGCACAGACACAGCGACGCUGAUGUCUCUAAUGGAGGCAGCGAUCAGGGCGCCGUUUGGUGAAGGCGGGACCUCCCAGAUCAUCACGGGAUUGGGCGAAUGGAAAGAGGGGCAGUCGCUCAGCAACUUUGACGCUCCUCUCUUUGCACAUUUCCGGCGACAGUUCCAGCAGAAGGGUGGGAAUGACCAGUCCGAUGAGUUUAUUGGCAAGUUACGUGCGAAUCUCCGAGGUGCCACUAGCCUCGAAGAGGCUUCUGGACUUGUCUAUGGGGCUCUGAGCGGGAAAAUCGCGUCGCAUCUGUCUGUUCCGAUCGAGAGCAUCGAUGCGUCGAAUCCCAUUACGGAAUACGGGAUCGACUCGCACAUGGCGGUGGAGUUGAGAAACUGGAUCUCGAAGACCAUGGAGAGCACGGUGCCGAUUUUGGAUAUUCUGGCAAGUAGUACGUUGUUGGAUCUGGCGGGCAAGAUUGCAUCCAAGUCUAGAUUGGUUCAUGUGGAGGAGUAG